AUGCCCUCCCAGUCGUCUUCCUCGUCGGCUUCGUCCUCUACCUCCUUCCAAAAGAUGAAGAAACGAUGGUCCCGAGAGCAACUCUUAAAGAAUCUUGAGAUCUUGGGUCCUCUUACAGCACCGCUGCCACCAGACCUCCCACCCUCACCCCCCGCAUCCCGGUCAAACUCCCCAACCGCACCAGCUAUUAAGAGAAAGCAUGAGUCCUCACAGGAACAUGAUGUCGUCAAGCGUUCUAGAACCAACGGGCUGCCAGAAAAGCCCUCGUCGCAUCAUCAUCAUCACUAUCAUCCACCACCACCUCCUCCUUCGCAACCGCUCAGGUCUUCAAAUGCAGUUCCUUCAUUCAACUUGCGUUCUGAGCCAUCAGAGGAUGGGGAAGUACGAGAAGAUACCACUGCCGUGACGCCCCGGGGUCCGGCGCCUGCAGUUCUGUCAACCACUGUGCCUGUUCGGCGUCCGCGGCGCGGACGUCCAACACUCACCUCCUUCGAUGAAAUGCAUGAUAAAUAUCACAACUAUGGUAGAAAGCUCAAGUAUUCAGGUGAUGCUCGCUUCUGGUCGACAUAUCCUGCUACACACAAGGAGUACCGUCCACUGGCUAACCCACCGUCCCCAAACUCUCCAUAUCAUAAGCAUGGUGGGCUCAUUGCGCGACUCGAGCUCGUAGACGCACUUGUAUGCUUCACCUACUCAUUGUGGAGCAAGGAUUUCAGCAGGAAAUCAUGCUUCCGUGAGACUUGGGCUACCAUCGAGGCAUUCCUUGGGUGGUGUAAAAAUAAAUGGAUCGCUGAGCUUGAUACGAUCGGCGAUCGUGAAAAAGCCCUCUUGGGCUUGAUCUGGAUGAUUGAAGGAUUCAUCCAUGGGCGAAAGUUCUAUUUUUCAGCAAAGACGGUCAUAGAACCCGAAAUGGACCGCAUAUGGGCAAAAAUGAAGGCCGAGAUGGCGAUGCUCAGCAGCAAUGCGGAGAAAGCGGACGGACAGCCCACACCACCAAUGCUUCCUUCCCCUGCAAGCAUAGCUCCUGCCAAUAGUGCAAAUUCCACACCCAUAAACAACAGUGCGAGCGGCACUCCGAGUGUGAACACCUCUAGCGGUAUCAGUCUGGCCAACUCGCCCGCUCCCUCGCGCCCAGCACCUCCAGUUUCUACCGCACUCCCACACUACAACAUGGUCGAAGCGGCCGCCAAGGCAACAGCGACCAUUAAUCCCGCACUCACGUUCAACGUCAAAGAGCUAUCCGGUGGCGUUAUGGCCGCGGGGUACUGUAUGGAGUUUGCUCAACGCACUCUGACCCUGCCCAUACUGGCACGGCAUUAUCCCACGACAUUUGCUCGGAUGAUGAGUUCGAGCCUGACUGCGCACGAAGAACACGAACCUGACAUCGAAGAUGAGGAAGGAGAGCUGUUCUGGCCUGGCCAGUGUGUAACUGGAGAGGGUCUCGGUUGGGUUUGCCUGAUGGGUAAAGCCAUGAUCAAAGAAUUCGGCCGAGACAUUGGCUAUCUCGGACUUGCCGGCGUCGUCCCUAAGCCCGCUCCUGGACCGAUAACAGGCGAUUCAUCCCGACAUGCGUCUGUACUCCGGUAG